ACAGUGUUUGCAAUUACUGCGUGUGCAUUGGGCGUCUUGGCUGUCACAUUGGUUAAUUUUGUCUUGUUUGUGAUAGCCAAAGACAAAUUCAUUAAUGAAUGGUGUAUUGGAAGCUCUGCAAGCUAUUAUCUAGACACUGUUUCAAUCACGAGCAACAGUACCAUUGCAGGAGCACUAGGUUCAAGAGACAUGUACAAUUGUGAAAGAUUAUUCGAAAACGAAGCAAAAUGGUCACUACUAUGUUUAAUUUGUAUGUUCGUAGUCUACAUUCAUUGGAUUUUGAUCAUUGCAGCAAAAUACAACUUUUAUGCUCCACUACCUGUUGUCAGCCUGGCUGAAUACGGAAACAUGGCGCCAUCAGAAAAAACAAAAGACGAGAAUGAAAAGAGAGGGAAAUCAGCUAAGGAUCUUUGGAGAGAAUUUUUAACACAUAAACAAUAUGACGAGUUU